AUUCAAGGUUUGAUGCGGCAUCAACUGCGAAAGCCCUGUCAGAGCCAAGGACAGGGUUAAAUUCUUCACUGAAGGGCUCUACGUUGAAUGAAGCGAGAAAAAUGGACGAAGAGGCUAAUUCAACGCAUGAUAAAGCAUCACCCACCAAAAAUUUUCCAGGCUCACAAGUAGAGUCGAAUUCUUCGCCGAAUGAUGAAAUAUCAGAAGAGGCGAGAAAAAUGGAUGAAGAGGCAAACCCAAGAGUUGAUAAAGCAUUACCCACCAACAAGCCUUCAGAUCAAACAGAGUCAAAUUCCUUAGCGAAGGAUGCCAUAUCCAAUAUGGAGGAACAAGAGAAUAUGAAGGAGAAUAAAACAGCAGAGUCAUUAAAACAGGAAGCCAAUAAAGAAUUUGAACUCCGGUUGGCGGAGAAACAGGCUUCAUUGGACCAAAUGAAGAAGGAGGUGGAUGAUGCUAGGGCGUUUGAGCAAGACGCAAUGUACUUACUUUCCGAGUGCAAGAGGCGGAUUCAUGAAUUGGAGGACGAACUGGACAAAAGCAGAGCAUCGGAAGCGAGUCUUUACGAGGCGUUGGUGAUGCAAACAAAGCAGCUUGAUCUAAAUAAGAUUCUUUUUGAGGAAGCGAAGUUAGAGAUUGCUUCCCUUAAAGAGAAAGUAGUGAAGUUUCAGGAAUCUGCAUCGUGCAACAAUGAAUCCCAACCUUCACUCUCCGUAAAAGAAACCGAAGCGGGUAAGGGAGUUGGAGCUGAAAGCGAAAGAUUGUUGAAAGAAGCUGAAGGAUGUAACAAACUCGAUCCCAUGGAGACUAAAACUCUGCUUCAGCAAAUGAGUGUCCUCAGAAAAGAAUUGGAGUCAGCAACUGAGGGAGAAAAGAGGGACAGUGUGGCCAAAAAUCUGCUUGAAGAAUUAAACUACCUCAAAAAUGAACUCAAGUUAGCCAUGAAGGCAGAAGAGAAUAGCAAGAAGGCCAUGGAUGAUUUGGCAUUUGCGCUGAAAGAAGUGGCCGCAGAGUCUCGCCAGACCAAAGAAAAAUUAGUAGACAACCAAGUGGAGCUACAACAUACCAAAGAGGAAGCAGAGCAUUUGAAAGCGCUGUUAAAUAGAACAGAGGAGAACUACAAACAGCUUCUAGGAGAAGCCAGAAAAGAAGCUGAAAGAAACAAUAACACGGCGGAGAGAUUGAGACUGGAAGCUGAAGAAUCUCUUUUGGCAUGGAACGAGAAAACAAAGGAGUUUGUGAAUUGUAUUAAAAGAGCUGAAGAGGAAAGAACAAGCGCAGUAGAAGAAUGCAGGAGACUGGAAGAGAUGCUUAAAGAAUCAGAGAACAAGAUUCGGGUUUCAAAGGAAGAAAAUCAGAAGCUACGGGACAUCCUUAAACAAGCGUUGAAUGAAGCCAAUGCUGCAAAGGAAGCUGCUGGGAUUGCUCAGGCUGAGAAUUCUCAACUGAAAGAUACGUUGGGAGCAAGAGACGAAGCAGUGAAGAUGCUUACCCAUGAGAAUGAGAUGCUUAAGAUUCACGAAGCUGCAGCGUUUGAGAACAUCAGAGAGUUGAAGAGGUUGCUUGCCGAGGCACCCAUAAGGGAGUUGAAAAAUAACGAGGAGAAGGAGAAAUCUUCAGCAAAGGAAACGAGUAAAGGGAAGGCGCAUAAAGAAGGCGACAAGGAGCACAAAGAAGUUAAGAGUUUGAGCAAAACGAUAAGUUUCAAUCUGAAGGAAAUAAUCGCACCCCAUAAACAACCACACAAGGAAGGGAACGAGGAGCCCGCGAAAGAAACUGUUGAUGAUGAUCUUAAAGGUUCAAUAUUCGAUGAAAUAGAUGGAGAUAUAGUAAUUCCAGAUGAUAUAGAUGAGUCACAGCUUGAUGAUCCGGAAAAUAACUCCAGAAAAAGGAGAGCUUUGCUACGAAGAUUUGGAGAUCUUAUUAGGAGAAAAAGUACUCACACACACAAAAAGGAGCCUUCCAUUGCCAAUGACGAGCGCUUAAAUCUUACACCCCCCCAUCCAUAAUCAAUCCUCAAUUUGUUCACAUUUCUGUCAAUACUUGUAUGCUCAGAAACUUGAAUUUGGCACG